CUCUGUGCACCUCCUGCUACAAGAGCACUGCUGCCGGAGACCUGCUCAAUGGAUUCAGCCAGAACGCAACAACACUUCUAGUAAACAUGUCACGCACGAAGAAAAUUUUUUCAAGGGAGUGAAAUGUGUGCAGGAGGCGUCUAAACGUUUCGGGAGCUGAUCAUACAUUCAUUGACACAAAGCUUAAGUACCUGAGAGUGCUCGGGCAGCCUGAGAGCCAGACUAUGGGCUCUAAAGGAGUGGAGAGGCGCAAACAGGCCACCCCUGCCCAAACCCCAGAGGGCAACGUGGUGAUGAGCUUCAGCUUUGAGAGCUAUCAGCUAGAGGAAGAGGACUGCCAAGGCAAAGAAAUCCCAGACAAAGGCGUGCUGGCUCUCUCUGAGCCUGUUUUUGAGGAACCUGUUCCGGAUGACCGCUAUCAUGGGAUCUACUUUGCUAUGCUGCUGGCUGGUGUUGGCUUCCUGUUGCCUUAUAAUAGCUUCAUCACAGAUGUGGACUACCUGCACCAUAAAUUUGAAGGGACGUCCAUUGUGUUCGACAUGAGCCUGACAUAUAUUCUCGUGGCUCUGGUUGCGGUAGUGCUGAACAAUGUGCUGGUGGAGAUGCUCAGCCUGCACACCAGGAUCACUGUGGGUUACCUCUUUGCUCUUGGCCCUCUGCUUUUUGUCAGCAUCUUUGAUGUGUGGCUGGAGAAGUUCACCACAAACCAGGCAUACGCCCUCAAUCUGAUAUCUGUGGGUGUCGUGGCAUUUGGAUGCACAGUGCAGCAGUCCAGUUUCUAUGGCUACAUGGGGAUGCUUCCCAAACGGUAUACGCAAGGAGUAAUGACUGGAGAAAGCACAGCAGGCGUGAUCAUUUCACUUAGCCGGAUAUUCACCAAGCUGCUGAUCAGAGACGAGAGGAAGAACACCAUCAUCUUCUUCCUCAUCUCCAUUGGCAUGGAGCUGAUGUGCUUCAUUCUGCAUCUGCUGGUGCGCAGAACGCGUUUCGUGCGAUAUUACACCAGCCUGGCCCGUCAGGGUCUGUCCCACUCCAAAGACCACUCCCACAAUGGCAACCAGUACCAAGUCCACCAUGAUGUCAUUACAGAGGAAGUAAGAUUUGGCAACGGUGCAGUGGGAGUUUCUCCUACUGAAGAUGGCAGCACUGAGACAGACUACACUGGCACCAGCACAUAUGUGAGAUUUGAUGUGCCUAAGCUGAAAAUUAAAAGGAGCUGGCCAAGCAUCAAGGAUAUGAUCCUGCAUCGUUAUGUGGUGUCCCGUGUGAUCUGGGCCUACAUGUUGUCCAUUGCUGUCACCUACUUCAUCACACUGUGCCUGUUUCCAGGACUGGAGUCAGAGAUUCGCAAUGUCACACUGGGAGAGUGGCUGCCCAUCCUGAUCAUGGCCAUCUUUAACAUGUCUGACUUUGUGGGCAAAAUCUUGGCUGCUUUGCCUUACGAGUGGAACGGGAUACGCCUGCUCUUUUUCUCCUGCUUGAGGGUGGUCUUCAUCCCUCUCUUCAUCAUGUGUGUGUACCCGGUGCCAAAACCUACACUCAGUCACCCGGCGUGGCCCUGCGUCUUCUCCCUCCUCAUGGGAAUCACCAACGGCUACUUCGGCAGUGUGCCCAUGAUUCAGGCCGCUGGCAAGGUGCCGCCAGAGCAGAGGGAGCUAGCAGGAAACACUAUGACCGUAUCCUACAUGGCAGGACUGAUGUUGGGAUCUGUGGUAGCCUAUGCAGCUUACCGUUUCACUGCUCCAGGCUCAGGCCUCCACUCAGAGACUGGCUUAAACUUCACCCGGGGUUAUUAAUGCCCUUUGACUGCACUCCGCAGCUCCACGCACUGUAUGCAUAUCUCACAUCAAUCUCAUCAGGUGGCACUGUUUCCCAUGCAGCAACUCAGCAGUCCCCACAAAUCAAAGCUCCACUGCAGCCAUAUUUUGUCCCGGCUGCCGGGCUUUGCUCUUUUGAAUGUAGUAAAGCAGGGGAAGAAAAUCUUACUGACACUGUAAAGAGUUGUGUGUAGCAUAUGCUUCAUUGUGUUGCUUUUUCAUGUUUUAUGAAAGUCUUUUGAUGAGCUUUAGAAGGGAGAUGUGUGCUGUCUGGGCUGUUCCUCAGUGACUCCCCUUGACUACCCCUCUUAUGGUGGUUUGUAGCAGGAAACCAUAAGCUUUUAUGCGUGUAUGCUGUAAAGGUGGAUUUUACUGGAAAACUCCAGUGGCUCAAGGCCUAUUUGCAUCUACCUUCUCAAGAAAUCCUGUCUCAUUGGUGAUGUUGGAUGCAGGUAAAAAGCCGAUCAUUAAGAUGAGAAAACCGUGUCUUCAGUCGUGCAUUAUGAAUGUUGGACAUUUUUGCUAAAGCUAACUGAGUGUGGAUCUUAAAAAAAUAAAAGCUUUUUGUAUA